UCUCUCUCAUGUCUCCACCCCCACCCAUUUCUCUCCAUCUCCCAUUCCAUUUCCGAACCUUUCAGUUUUCUCCGCAUUGAGAAAACAAAGCUUCAUCUCGAAUCCCUCCGCCGGAAACUCAGCCGAGAAAUCUCCCACACGCCCAAAUUAACAAAAUAAAAUCCAACAAGCAAUGAGCAACAAUCCAAGGGCCAACAACACCACCACCACCCACGCUUGCGCUGCAUGUAAAUACCAACGCAGGAAGUGCGCGCCCGACUGCAUCCUCGCCCCUUACUUCCCUCACCAUCGCCAGCGCCAGUUCCUCAACGCACAUAAAUUGUUUGGCGUCAGCAACAUCAGCAAGACCAUCAAAAACAUCGACGACCCUUGUAAGAAGGACCAGGCCAUGCGCACCAUCAUCUUCCAGUCCGACACUCGGGCCAACGACCCUGUUGGCGGGUGUUAUAGGAUCAUAUGCGAGCUCAAGUGCCAGAUCGAAUACAACAUGGUUGAGUUAGAACUCGUCCUUCAGCAACUAGCCUUGUGUCGUGCGCCACCGGUUCCUCGUCAACCUCGGAUGCCAUUACCGGAUCAUGCAUACGAAUCGUUGGCUCCAGCUGAUUGUCGCGAUGUUAUCAAGCCUUGCCUUGAUGUGGAAACGUGUGAUCCGAUGAGUUAUGAUCCUCGUCUUCAACAACGUAAUGAAGAAGAAGAAGAUUAUUUUUUGAAUCAGCCAUCAUUACAGCAUGUUGAGUCGUGGGGCAUGCAAGAUACCGCGAUAUCUUCCUUGCAUGACAGGCAAAGUUCUGGAAACGAAUGCCAUGAUUUCAAGCCGACCAGUGUUGAUGUUGGUGGCAAGAGAUUCGAGCUCAAGUUCGAUUAUGAACAUGAAGACGAAAGAAUUGACAUAGAGAGUGACGAGGCCAUUUCAAAGGACAAGAAGGUCAUUGUAAAAGAUGAGAUUGCUGCCUUCAUAGAGAAUGCAGGCUUAGCAAAUUAAGCUUGCACAACAUAUUUUGGCGAACCCGGCCCCAUAGCAUUGCUCUUGUGUCAUUAGGUUUUAGCAAAGGAAAUAGACAAUAGAAGCAAUACUAGAUGAUCUCUCUGUCUGUCUGUCUCUCUCUCUCUCCCUUUGUUGGGUGUGUGUACUGUAUUGCAUAUAUACUGUGCAGAGAAUCAUGUUUUUUAAUGGACUGUGGAGUCCAAAAUACACUCAUCAGAGUUCAAUACAUGUCAAUAGAUGCUAUGGAGAAUUGACACUUCCUAGAUUUUCCUAGUGGAAACAUGGGGAAUUUUAAGACGUGUAGAUAAUAAACCUCUGGGAAAGAGAUGUAAAGCGGAGACACAAAAAUGUCGAGGCCUAUUACGUACCCAAGUCACCUUUGAGAGGGGAAAACAGGAAUUGUAUCAGGGCUCGGGUAUUUGGUGUCGAUGGGUGUGAAUUAUCUUCCGCGUGGUCAAGUUGGUGCAGAAUCGCACAAAUCUCUGUCGUCAUUUUCCUCU